GAUCUUGUACGCGUUCCAAAAUAGAACGGACCGCCUCCGUUCUAAACGUCACGAAAUAGGCGGUUCGCAGUGUUCGCGAGAACGAGAGGAAGCAAACAGCCAAUGAGCGAAGUGGAAGCCUGCGUCACGCUUUUGACGUCUGCUUGGGGACCGUAUAAUAUAUUGAGAAGCGUUUGCAACAUGUUGAGAAAUAUUUUGCUAUUAUGAGUGAGUAGCAAAAUGUGUUGGUGUUGCUUUUCAAAGAUUCAAUUUGGAAUGGAAAACGACUGAAACAAAAUAUUGCGGUUAAUGUCUUCAAAUGGCGCUAGGUGGUGUCGCAGUUUUGCGAAACGUUUAGUGAUGGCGCUAGCCACCACCCCGUUUCAAGCACACGGCGCGAAUUUUGAAGCGGUUGGUUCAGUCGUUCAGUCGAGCACUGGAAGCCAUGGCGCUAAACGUGACAGCACCGGUGAAGGGGCCACGUGUGUCGGAGGCGCAGAGAGAGACGGUGGUCGCCUUCAUGGAAGCGCAUCCCCAGCUGGCUAUAAGAUCCAGCGAGCUGGGGCCGCGCUUCACUGCUGGCGACCGCCGACGGCUGUGGCAGCAGCUAGCCGACCAGCUCAACACUCAAGGCCCCGUUGUGAAAACCACCGAGCAGUGGCAAGAGUGGUGGCGGAAGCAGGUGUUCGAGGCCCGCCGCAACGCUGCCGCACUUGCCCAAGAACAAAGAAGCACAGGAGGGGGGCGGCUACAUGGCUUUCAUGGCCGAGUCCUGGAGCUCACCGGGACGGUCCGCCUCCACGGUGUGACCGACCUCCCCUACCAAGAGCAGGCUGACGUCCCCACCUGCGCGAUGGAAGUCGUCGUCCAAGACGAGGCUGCGGGCGUGAGCACAGCGACACGUAAGCAUCAGAGGAAUGAGUGUUUUAAUUAUCGCCAUUUGUGUGUGCAGUUCGUAAACAUUAAUGUGUUUACUCUACAGCGGCAGAGGAUCCACCGCGCGGUGCGGCGCCUGCCGAAAGGGUGGCCGCUGCACCUGGUAAGUUAUUGA